UGUUGAGCUAUAUUCAGCUUUGAAUUUGUUUGCGGCAAUCUGGAUCAUUCUUUGAGACUUUCGACAUAUAAGACAAUGGAUUCUCUCAGCCCCGAAGAAACUUUCCCAAAUCAAGGACAAAGAAAUCCAGGAUGCUACGUGCGCUUCCGCGGGAUAAGCUAUACAAUGACACAAAGGAGAACCUUUGUGGAUCUUCAUAUCUCUUUGAUUGCUGCGCAAUGAGUUGUUUAAACAUCCAAUUGAGUUAGACUUCACCAAAUCUGCGAUGGCUUCCAUGCGAAGCUUGACCAACCUGCCAACACCAUUUGCAAAGAAGUAUGGUGUAGACCCUCAAUUGAGCCCUCUUAAAAAGUCUGGCUUCACUCCUACUCUACCACCUUCCAUCAUACCCAAGAACGCUGGCCUUUUCCUUGAUCCAAGAACCGAAAGGUAUCAGCGAAAGAUCCUCAAAGGAUUUACCGCUCGAGAGCUUGAUGAUUUGGGCGCGUACCCCGACCCCAACGCCAAGGAGUCAACAUUGAACAACUUGAUCGAUGGCAUUCUUAAGGUCGAGAACUGGCAAUCUCCCACUCCCACAGCGCCAGGGUUUCCAAUUGUUGCCAGCGGAGAGGCAUACUUAGUAGGGCCAAAUCCAGGAACAUGGCAUGCAGAAAAUCCAGUUGUUUGGCAGAUUCUGGAACCAGUAUUGAAAUUGACUUCUCGAUUUCUUUCUAACAUCAACACAAAUAUCUUGAUCGAUGCGUUCUUGUUCGGCAGAUUUCGAGAAUUGCCGCCAAACAAAUGGGUGAGGGACUUCCCUGGAGCUCCGGAUUGUUAUUCAUUUCACACUCGAAAACCCGAAGAUAGGAAUCCUGAUGCAGCUAAAACUGCAUUGCAGGUAGCUUUUCCCAAGUUACUCGUACAACAGAAGAUCCAAUUAACACUAGAAUUUCUUCACCCUGAUAGCAAAAUACGUCCAAAUGUAGAGGCUCUGGGAAGUUCUCAUGCUGUAACGUGGGGAGACAAGGCAGAGUUCGGGUUUGGUAGACAGUAUAUCUACAUCGGGCUGAAUAUUGACAAGUAUCAGCCGCUUCUGAGGAAUGAUUUAAGUAUUUCGGAGAAGUUGGCUGAGCAGUAUCAAUGUUCUGUUACUCUGUUACACGAGAUAUUGCAUGCUAUCAACUUCGCUUUUUCAUUCAGUUACCUGAGAGAACAUGAUCAUUAUACUGAUUAUGAACCCUUCUUCGAAGAACAUAUAUUUUCAGAGCUUGGAUUUGCUCUAGAGACGUCUAUUUUCGACGGUAUAAUAUUUCCGUUCGUCGAAAUGGGACGCUUUGAGAAGACUGAAGAUAAACGGGACAACUAUCCCCACCUUGGCUUCUGGCUUCUCUCCUAUCCACUUUCGACCUCAUUCGAAGUAUCUCAAAACCAAAGACUGCUCGUGGGUGCCAGAAGACCCAGAUUCGACUCUUUCAGUCCUAUUCCAUCGAUCUACUUUGAGAAUAUACAACAGGAAGGCUUUUGGGACGUGGUUGUGCGGAAAUUUGGUGUGUCGGUUGCGAAGCCUCGAUGCUCGGUUCAUACAACAGGAACAAGAGGUUCCUUUACUCCGAUCAAGCCGAGCCCCAUGCUAGCUCAAUGGAAAAUGUACAGUGACCAAUACUUGAAGGGUAGCACCGACAAUGCGACAAGCGAGGUGAUCGAAGUUGCUCUUUCAAAGCUACCUGCAGAGAAGCGAGCAGAGCAGCUGCAACUAAAAAGAGCCAUGGACAAUAGGAGAUUGCAAGAGCGAGUAGAUUUCCGCAGUGGCCGCUCAGACUUUGCUACUAGAGUUCGAGAGGCAUGGGACUUCGUCAAUGCAAGUUGGAACAUUGACAAAUUAGAAAUCUCCAUCGAGAAGUUGAACAUUGUGGCAGAGUUGAUUCAGGAAGAAGCGGACCAACAAGCAACACAGAUCUCAAUGUUCGUGAUCCGGAAGGACAAAGAUGCGGAUCAUCGAGCACAUCUGGUGGAGCUCAAUUAUUACAUGCGAAAGAUGGCAAGGGCAUUCGAAUCAGACGUAACUCAGAAGACAAAGGACGGUACCUUGGAGAAGAUCGCAAAAGAUAUCAUCGUAAAGCUAGAAACAUGUCUCGUAAUGCUUCACGACAAAAAUCCAGAGCCUGGCCUCAGUUCUAAAGAAUUCUACGAUUCCACGGAGAAAAAGAAGUCAGCAGCAGUCGUAUCGCUAUUGACAGUUUUACAGCAAUUUCCAGCUCCCAUGGACAAGAUCGAGUUGGAUUUAAUGCUCUUGGAAGCUCAGAAAGCAAUCACUGAGCCGAAAGGGAUCCGAUGGGGAACGCUAGGAAAGAGUAUACUAGGAGGAACCCCUCUUUUUGGGAUUCCUUUCCUCAGCGCCAUUUCGAAGCUUCUACUUUCACACGACGGGACACUGGAACAUAAAGAUUUGUACUGGUAUCUGGAAUCCAACGAAAGGGCGAGCCUGGAAGAGCCAAACAAUGUGUGUUCAGAGCCAACAAGGCUUAGCUGGCUAGCUUUCUGGAAUGCGAAGAAAGUCGCAGUUUCCACACUUGCUGUGGGCCCUGCGCCCGAGAUAUCGGUGAAAAGUUCUAAGAGAUCUUUGACAAGAGUUGAUGACCCAUCAUCGAUGACGGUAGUGGCUUCGUGUACAAGGAGAGAAGAUGAUGAUGGUGUUGUGGAAGCGAUCUUGAAUCAGAUCUUCUGGAAUAGAUUUCGCCAUUAAGAGGUGUCAUCAUCUAGUACCAAAGCAGACAUAUGCCGCUCUUCAUUCUCGAGGUGAUUGAUGGAUCAUCAUGUGACAUGUA